AUGUGCCCGACAUCGCGAGGGAACGUCGAGUCCAGGCAACUUGCCCACGGCGGCGCGCUCGACUCGCAAACGAGCGAUUCACAACACAUCCGCGUCCUAGUAGCAGAGGAGUCGGCACGCGCAGAGACAGAAAGCCUUAAUAGGGAUGGCGCAGAUGACGAGGACGAUGAGCCAGUCGUGUGCGGCAAGGACGUUCCGGACGAGAGUGGCAUCGCGAACUGCUGCGACUGCUGCAGCGAACUGAAGCUCGCACACCAAAAUCUCAAGAUCAUUCGCGAGCUCAACCAUUACCAGAGAGACGAGCUCAAUAGGCUCCAGAACAUUAUCGAUGUGUUGAGGCUCGACCCGGAGCAACAAUCUCAGGCCGUCCGGGAACCAUCGCCAGUGGUCCAUCGUGAUGGCGUGUCCGUUGGCGAAGGAUGUGGCGGCACGACCUCGCACGGAUAUGGAUCUGGAAGAUCAGAUGUCAAGGUCGAACAGGGAAGAAAGAGGGCACGGCGCGAAGGCAGCUACUGA